AUGAAAAACUGUCUCCUUUGCGAAAGCACAGGCACGACGUACCUAAACAAUCACUCGGGCGAUCUCUGGGAUUUCCUGUUCAUUCAAAAAUACACUCUCCAAACCUGCCUCUACGACGGCGCAUCGGAAACCUCCAUCUCCGGCUGUGAAGACAACUGCCUUCCACUGCGCUCAAUCUUUAAGGACCUCUGGUACAAAACCAAUCAUACGGAAGAGCUCUACUACUAUUGCAGCGAUGUCUUCACGCAAUACGCAAGUGACUGCGCCACCUGCCUCCGGUCCAAAUCCGGAUCCGUGAUUCUCGGCAAUUUUAUGGAUAAUAUGGAUUCGGCGUGUGAGACGAAACCCAAUGCGUCUGCGGGUGAGACAAUUACGCUUCGACGACCACUUUUUGAUUUGUCGACUGCUACGUCUAAUACUACCUCCACGAGUACCUCAUCGGCGACGGCGACGGGAACAGGGGAUAACGGGGGUCGUGGAGCAGCCAGUUCCUCGAUCUUGUCAACUGGGGCCAAGGCGGGUAUUGGCGUCGGUGCAGGCGUGGGUGGGUUGAUGAUUUUGGGUGCUGCGGCUUGGUUAUUGCUUGCACGACGGAGAAGAGGGGCUGCACAGGGAGGCGCACAUCAGUAUGAGCCGCCAAUGGAGCAGGGGCCUGCGUCAGAGCUUUCGUACGGUGCUGGAGCGCCUGUCGAGCAAGUUACUGUCAAGCAGUUCGGGGAGCUAGCGGCUGUGGAGAGGACGGAGGUUGAGUUAGAUGGUGGGAAUGGAGGGGUUAGAAGAGGAGAUAAUGCGGUGGAGCUGCCUUGA